AUUUCCGUGAAGCAAGGAAAUUAAAAAAGGCCCCUCCCUUAAUUUCCCCCAUAAGACUCGCUCCAUUUUCACAAUCUCAGUUUUUAUCUCCCUCUCCAAACCCUAACAUUGAAACCAGAAAGAAUUCUAAACAGAGACAAACAAAAGACCAGGCCAGACAAAGGAAGUCUUUUUCAGUGAAUGAUUGAAGGCUGUGAAAGUCUUUUUCGUCAGACUUGUUCUGUUUCUGUAGAUGUAAAUCCCGAUAAACUGCCACACCAAUCUUAAGUGGUAACCGGAGGCUUACGCUGUUGGAGCAUAUAUCAGCGGUUGAGAACGGCCGGAUUAGUAUGGCUGGUUUAAAUAAUGAUGGAAAAUCGUCACCUCCGCACCGUACGCUUCUGGAUAUUAUACGGGACGAUAGGACCCUCAAAGACAAGAAGAGUUGGAAAACGUUUCGGGAUAAGUUACGACUGAAGCGAGCAGGUUCGGCCUGGACCUCCUCCGUCCGUGUCCCCACUUCCGAUGUUAAUGUUCAAGGUAGUAGAUCACGGUCCCCGAGCCACGGUUCGCCUCGUUCUAACUCCUCUGACACCACCCAUGCCAAGGAUGGAGGCGAAUGUGUCCCGGUUUCUGACCCGCCAGUUGUGAACUCUAAGAUGCAAUUGGCGCGGAGGGAUUCUAUUAGGUUUGGCAACAAUUCCACUCAUGCCGAUCACAAUGAUUCUCUUGAUGCCGCCAUGCCCAGCGAUGCUCCACGCUCAAGAAGCUCCAAGCCGCAAAUGGCCCGCCACCCAUCGAUUCGUUUGUCUUCCGCGAGCCACCACCAAGAUGACGACGACGACGAAGACGAAUACGACGUUGCUGAGGGCAGCGAUGACGAAGAAUACGAGUCUCCUGAGGAAGAUGAAGGAUCGCAACCUCCGGUAGAGGUACUAUCCAAAGAGAGAUCAUUGUCGGCGAGGGAGGCGGUGGCGGCACAGGAAGCGGCGGAAGCAGCAGCGGGGAAGGGUGCGGUGGUGGAGCCAGUUAAGAUGUCAUUAAUGGACUUGUUGGGGGAAACGGGAUACGGGAUGGGCGAAGAUGAUGACGACUACGACGACGAAGAAGAAGAUGAAGAGGAAGAUGAAGUAGCGGUGUCAUUGAGCGGAGGGAUGGAAUACACGUGUGGCGUGUGCAUGGUUAGGCAUAAAGGGUCGGCGUUUAUUCCAUGCGCCCAUACCUUUUGCCGGCUUUGUUCUAGGGAGCUAAUGGUUCAGAGAGGUAACUGCCCGCUUUGCAAUGGCUACAUCUUGGAAAUUCUUGAUAUCUUUUGAUAGUAGUAACUUCUAUCACCCCAUGGAGGAAUGAAUUAGUGUAAACAAUAGCACUUGGAAUCCCCUACCAAUUUCUUCUUCAAAAUUUUGAUUAGGUUUUGUUUAAUAUGUGAUUUAAGUAAGCAAGUAUUCCCAAAUGCAGUGAAAGGUUGACACUGAGAAAGAGAAUUUGGUUGAUCUGCUCUUCCAUCUUCCUACAAUAAAUACAGGUAAAAAACAUAACGUAGAGUGAGUAUUGGAGGGAAAAA